AUGCACCGCCUGGUCGCCCUCGCCCGCAGCUACGCCACAGCCAGCACGCGCUCCUCAAGACUUCCUCCAUCCAAGCCGCCCCUAUCCCUCGAUCACUUCCUCCUACGCCAGCGUGUCAUAUCCCUCUACCGUACGAUUGUCCGUGCAUGCCAUAAGAUUCCGCCUCCAACGAAGGAAGAGAUGAAAAAAUACGCGAGAGAAGAAUUUGAGCAGCAUAGAGCCGUGGAGGAUUUGAGGAAGAUACGGUAUUUGCUCAGUACUGGGAAGACGGAGUUUGAGCGAUUGGGAAAGCAGGGGCGCCCAGGUGUGGUUCAAUCAGAAGGAAUCCCAUCUCAAGCAAGCCGCCGGAGGGCUGAGCAGCUGGAUCAGACCAUCCCGCAGCAGUGUUCAGGCCACAAAAAGACUAUGGAGGACUACACUUACCAGCCCCUCUUCUGA